AUGGUUGCAUUACUGGCGUUUUCAAGUAAUACUUAUAUAGUACCACCUAACCCCACUACGUACGGUAUCCCACGUAUAGGGCUGAAAGCUGCUGGUAACAAACUUGUUGUGGUCGAUUUUUCAGCUGAGUGGUGUGGACCAUGUAUAAUGAUUGGGCCAAAGUUCAAGGAAAUGUCAGAAACAUUCCAGAACGUGGUCUUCCUAAACAUUGACGUUGAUGAGAACUCGGAAACAGCACAGUCGUGUGGUGUUAAAUCUAUGCCAACUUUUCAAUUCUACAAGAACGGGAAAAAGGAAGAAUUUGUCACUGCAUUGAGCGGUGCUGGUGAUAAACUGGUGAUAGCUGAGUUUGCUGCUGAUUGGUGCGGGCCUUGCCAAGGCAUCGAGCCUAAGAUCAAGGUCAUGGAAGAAGAAUUUCAACAGGUGGUCUUUUUGGAAAUCGACGUUGAUAAAGAUUCCGAAACCACUGAAGCUGCUCAUAUUAACAGAGUGCCGACUUUUAAAUUCUACAAGCACAUGGAAGAGGUGUUGACCAUAGUUGGUACGGACGAAAGCAGCAUACGCAAUGCCGUGAUGAAAUGGAUGUAA